AUGGGCGACCGCCUCACGCCGGCUGGGAUGGGGAUGAGGCGCCUGCUCCUGCCGCUGCUGUGCCUGUCGCUCACGCCGCCGGGGCCUGGCGAUGGAGCCAUUGUCUUCUCUGUCCCUGAAGUGGUUACAUUAGAAAAUGGAAGUUCCACAAACAUCACUAUAUCUCUGAGGGCUCCAUUAAAUGAGACACUGUUAAUAACACUUAAUAUUACAUACUCAUCAAAACACAGAACCAUUAUUGAACUACCUAAUGAAAUAAAACUGCCUGCAGGUCUCACUGAGGUAGACUUUCAAGUAAAAGCAGAUGAUGUUGGACAAGUUACAGUGUAUCUUCAUACCAGUAAUUCCAACUUAACUGGACCUAGGAUUCAAUUUCAAGUGAUUCACAGCAUCAUAGUGAAAUAUGCAGAUGAGGUGAUCGGUUGGAUCUAUUUCCUUGCCUGGUCUAUCUCCUUCUAUCCUCAACUCUUUGAGAACUGGCGACGGAAAAGUGUUGUCGGAUUGAGCUUUGACUUUAUUGCAUUAAACCUUAUGGGCUUCAUAGCAUACAGCGUAUUUAAUGUAGGACUCUUCUGGAUUCCCUUAAUUAAGGAGGAAUUCUUACUCAGUUAUCCCAAUGGAGUGAACCCAGUGGCUAUCAACGAUGUGUUUUUCAGUCUCCACGCAGUAGUUCUAACUCUUCUCGUCAUAAUUCAGUGCUGCAUCUAUGAGAGAGCAGGUCAGAAAGUAUCCAAAGUUGUUGUUGGACUACUGGCACUCGCAUGGAUUUUUACAAUCACAACAUUGUUCCUUGCUGCAGCUGAGGAAAUGACGUGGCUACAAUUCUUAUUUUGCUUCUCUUACACUAAGUUAGCAGUCACACUGAUAAAAUAUUUUCCACAGGCCUACAUGAACUUCCGUCGGAAGAGCACAGAGGGAUGGAGCAUUGGAAACGUGUUACUAGACUUCACUGGUGGAAGCUUCAGCCUCCUGCAGAUGUUUCUGCAGUCAUACAACAACGACCAGUGGAAGCUAAUCUUUGGCGACCCAACCAAGUUUGGCCUGGGUGUCUUCUCCAUCAUCUUUGAUGUUGUUUUUCUGAUCCAACACUACUGCCUUUACAGAAGACGGGGGUAUGAGCCCUGUGAAUAACAUCUGCCAAAAUAAAAACUUUCUAGUGGACUGACCCCCCCAUCUUGGCUGGGAAUUUCAAGAUGUCUCUUAACCAGCUACCAGAAAUACCAAAUCUGAGCUCUGCUUACUUUGAUCCUUUCUGGUACAGUGUACAAGCUCUUGCCUCACCAAAUGCUGAUUGCCAAAUGCCUUAAAGGAUACCAAGCCACUAUCUUGUGGAUGGAAAAAAACUCUUAUACCUGUUGAAGCUGCAAAUCCAGCUUGGCUUGAGCUGCUGAAGCAAUAUGUAGCUCCUCUUCCAUUAGCAACAAGAAGGGGAAAGAUCAGACCUGUGGUUUUCUGAUUGUGCUUCACUUCCAAAGAGCCAGAUUUCUGGCUUCCAAAAAUCUGAGAGCGUGUUUAAGUAACAACUUAAAAUGUUAACGUAGCAACAAAGAAAGCAGCUCCACAGACCUCGCUGCUGCUGCCUCCUCACAGACCAAGUCACAGUGUCCCCCUGGGUGGUAACGGCAAUAAUGGCACAUGAAAGGGAUACUGCAAGAAAAGAAAAAAACUAAAAAUAUUGAUGUUAGAGUCUGAACUCCAAGAAAGGAAGAUUCCUGAGAAGAAACAGCAGUGGUGUUGCUUUUGCACCAGAAGUUCUUUCAAAGGUGUUAAAACAGUGCUCAGAUAAACAUAUCCGAGCA